CUUUGAAAUUCAAACUGAGCAAACAUGCUGAUUUGGGUAUUCCCCUCUAUUGUCCAUAAACUUUCUUCUAGUUACGAAUUGAGAUCGAUUGCACUUGAUUCCAUAUAAUUGAAAGCUCUAAUGGAGCCUACUGACAACAAAGAAAGUUCAGAUCGAAAAAGCAACGAUCCUUUCAUUUAUGAUUCCCAAUUGCAAGUCAAGUAUUUCAAACCGUUUAAAAAUAAAGAUGCUGACACUGAUAUGCUUGAGUCAACCUCAUCUUCAGCACCACAAGUAUUCAUCAAACCCAUAGCUCUUCAGCCAACAGAAGUACACUUUGACUUGAGUUCUGUUCCAAAAGACAGAAUAACUGGUCCUUAUUUGAAAUUACUUGAACGACGACGACAACAACAACAACAACAGCAACAUCAGACGAACGAGAAAGAAAUUAGACAACCAAGCCAAGAUCAAAGUAUAUUAGAUACCCUCCCUCAACCGAGCUUUCCGAGGCAUGGAACGACAACACCCAUUGAUAAAUUGCCGUUUGAUGAUACAGCAUCCAUCUAUUCUACAACGUCUUCUUUGACGACAAACACUGCUUUAGACUUGGCCAGUAUUCCAUCACCACCAUCCAACAUCUCUCCAUCUGAUUACCAUGAAUAUAUACCCAAUCACUUAACUAACCAACAACGAAUCAAAUUACUCACCUAUUGGACUGUAAAGAGAAUUGAACAACGAUCAUUACAGCCAUCUUCUGCUAUUUCAGUCAAGACAACACGGAACAAGGAGCUGGAUAAAAAAAUCAGGACAGUCGUAUUAGAAGCAUCUGAAAACCUUUUAAAUAGGAUCAAAAAUGACGAUAUUCUAAUGUCUGACAAGUUGGGUGACAGCCCAUUGACAUUCCAGAAGAAGCCCAAUCCUAUCAAUGAGCGAGCGAAGCAAAAGAUAAAUGAAUUGACCGUGGCUAUCGAAGCAUUCCAAACAGAACAAGCGGAAUGGAGAAAACUUUCUCUUAUUUUAUUUGAUCGACAUGCUGAUCUCAAAGAUAAAUUGUUGAUUGCUGAGAAUGCCGACAGUGCUGAGAAUGCCGACAGUGCUGAGGAAAAUGAAAUGAGCGACAGUGACAUGUUGGAAUAUCUAGACGAUGAAUACAAACAGUUUCAUAUGGAUUAUGGUGCUUCAGUAACAAAAGAGGUGCUGGACAAGAAGGACAAAGAAACAGCAUACCAUAUAGCCACGAUUGAUGCAGCCAUAACAGAAUUACGUCGUCUUUUCUUUGUCAUGGAUAGAGAUUUGCAGGACUUGAGCCUAUUGACAAGCGAAAAAAUAUCUCAAUUAGCCAAAAAGAUGAAAGAAGAGCAGAUGUCAAUGAUCCCAGUGCCGCCAGAUUAUGUACAACCCAAACCAUUAUUGCCGUUCCAGGAAGAUGAUGAAAAGAAACGUGAAGAAGCCUAUAACUUGGGCGUCAUGAAUCUGCUAAGAGCAAUGACUCGUAUGUCUUCGGAAAAAGCAAAGGAACAGCAGCACCAAGAAAAGCAAUAGUAGGAAAACGAGCAUGGGCUGUUUCUGUGUAUAUUUCGGGUGACGAAGUGUACCAAGUUGCACACGUAUAUACGCUUGAAACAUUGUUAUAUAUAAAGAGAAAGAGAGGAAUUGCUAUUCAAAAUAGAUAUAGGUUUUGCACUUGCUUACUACUAAAGCGCGAGUUUUAUAAUCUUCAGUCAGUUCAGCUAAUUUGCCCUACUGUACCUAUUCUUUACGCAUGAAAAAGCCGUUUCAGAGGCUAACUUAAUCUUGGCAAAGUUUUCAACUCAUCUUCAAUUUUGAAUAAAGUGAUACUCACCAUUGUACACUGUCAAAUUGUCAUAAUUGUCAUUGUAGACAUGAACGUUCUUGGAGACCUUUACUAAGAUGGCAAAAGAAAGUAUCAAGUACAUCAUGUGUAGCACAAAAAGCUGAUGAUCUGCAUAAAUAUAACGUACUUUUAUAGCCAAUCAAAGCAUG